AUGAAUCCAGCCGGCUUGCGUCCACACCGUAGAGAAGACGUGUAUGAAAUGCGAUCCUCCGAUCAAGAACAGGUACCGGAGCCGGAGCAGUCAAACAUAGGCUACUUUGCAGCGUUUCUUGCAGCGAUUAUUGUCUUGUGCGGUGGAAUCGUCACGGUGAUUGCACAACAAAUCAACAAAACCAAGAAAAAUUAA